AUGGAAUUUUACGGGGCCACAGGGACGAUAGGGCUAUUGUACGCGAAGCACAAAGGAGUCUCGCUAAAUUCCGACUACCCAUAUGUCGGUGGCAUACAGAAAAAUCAUCAGAUACCUUCGGGUCCAAAAGUUAGGGUACACAAAGUUGUAGCCAUAGACGACUUUAGAAGACACAAAGUGAAGAAAAUUAUAUCCAAGGGACAUCCGGUUCUUGCUUAUAUGGAUGUGUUUGAGAGCUUUCUAGACUUUGUGGGACCGGAAGUCUACAAAGAAAAUUAUGGAAAAUAUUCAGGAUCACACAUCGUGCUUAUCGUAGGCUACGGGGUUGAUGCCCAAGGAUACGAUUACUGGAUCGUGCAAAAUACGUGGGGAUCCGAUUGGGGAGAUAAAGGAUUUGCGAAAGUGCGUUGCGGUCUCGUUAGUAUACAGUCGUACGCCGAUGGUGUUUUCCUUGAGACAUUUGUUUCUGCAGCCCUUGAGCAAUUUCUGGUUACUGAACGAGGUAGUAACAGUUUAGUUAGGGAAUUAACGAUUUUCUGUUAG